CUUGUCGUAUGGUUUGUAUUGCAGGAAGUGCAUUUUUGUGUUUCAUUAUUUCAGUCCGGGAAGUGACGAAGGAAUAUUCGUGAAUGUUAUUAAUUUACUGCAACAUAUUAAUAAUGGACUGUGAUGAGGAAACAAGAGUGUCUCCUGAGCGGAGUGCUAUUCGUGAAGAAUUGUCCAAAAUGAGCUUUGAGGAAAUGCAGAAAUUGAAAGAACAGUUGGGGUCUAAAGUUUAUAAUGAAGCAAUGUUUGGAACAAGUCAUAUGAAGAAAACAAAUUUCAAAAGGUUGAAUAAGAACAGACCUCGUGAAAUGUCAUCAAAAACUGCUGGGAACCUAGAUGUUCCUUCAAAAAAGACAGCUAUACGUGACCCAAGAUUUGACAAUUUGUGUGGUUCAUUCAAUGAAAAGGCAUUUUAUCAUUCAUACGCCUUCCUAAAUCAUGUUAGAGCAAAGGAAAAGGAACAACUGAAGGAGGAACUGAAAACUCAAACUGAUUCAAAGAGGAUAGAAAACAUUAAAUACUUGCUUCAGCGCAUGGAUAAUCAAGAAAGAGAGGAAAGGAAGCAAAAGAAAAAGUUAGACAGAGAAAGAGAACAACAAAAUGCUCGCAUAGAAAUGUUACAGCAGGGGAAGAAACCAGUAUACCAAAGAAAGUCCGAGAAAAGGGUUCUUGAUUUGGUGGAACAGUAUGAAGAAUUGAAGGAAGCUGGAAAGUUGCAAAAGCACAUAAGAAAACACAGAAAAAGGAAUGCACAGAAAGACAGAAAAAAGUUAUCAAUUGUAAAUCAUGUGUGACAAUAAAAUUACCCUGUUAUAGA